AUCACAAAUCACAAAUCACAAAUCACAAAUCACAAAUCACAAACAAAACAAAUUAGCCUGAUUCUUAUUCUUUUAUAGCUCUUAAUUAUCAAGAACGAUCGAAUUAAGAGAGAAAAACAUGUUGAUCUACGAGGAUCUGAUUAGUGGUGACGAGCUUUUAUCGGACUCGUACGAGUGCAAGGAACUCUUCAAUGGAUGUCUAUGGGAGGUAGAUGGAAAGUGGGUUGUUAAAGAAAACCGUGGUGUUUUCAACAUUGGUGCUAAUCCUUCAGCUGAAGUUGGAGAAGACGACAACGAAGCUGUUGAUGAUGGUGAAACUGUUAAAGUUGUUGACAUUGUUGACAACUUUAGACUCCAAGAACAACCUGCUUAUGAUAAGAAGCAAUUUGUUGCAUGGGUUAAGAGAUACAUCAAGACUCUUGUUACCAAAUUGGAGGCUGAUAAGGCUGUUCAGUUUAAGAAGAAUGUCGAAGCUGCGACUAAGUUUCUAAUGUCGAAGAUGAGUGAACUUCAGUUUUUUGUGGGUGAGAGUAUGCAUGAUGAUGGUGCUACUGUUAUGGCUUACUAUAAAGAUGGUGCUACUGACCCGUCUUUCUUCUACUUUGCUCAUGGUCUUAAGGGAGUCAAGUGUUAAAAGGGCCAAUUAAAGCUGUGUUUCUGGAAUUUUAAUUGUUUUCUUUCUGCAAUAUUUUGGUUAGUUCUGGUAAUGCUGUGUAUCAGAUCGUUUUCAUAAACGAAAUACAAUUCUUAGCAUAUAUGGAAAUUAUAUGUUUUUUGUCAA